AUGUUAAACGUUUAGAAUAAAUUCGACAACUUUGAAUUAGAAAAUAAACUAACAUCUCUCAUAUAAAGACUUAUGGAACCUCACAUUAAUAAUUUUUAUAAAAAUUAGACAUUGUUAACAGACUUGUCACAAAAAUAUAAAAUAUAAGUUAAUGAGGUUUCAGCUUUAAAGGAUAAUUUUGAACCUAAAUAUAAUGAUUUAAAGUAAAAGUUGGAAUUGUUAGAAUAAAAAUUAUUUGAUAAUUUCAAAAUUUGUAUCACACAAUCUUAAGAAAAAUAAUAACAGAUCGAUUUAAUAAAAAAUCAAAUUUAAGCAUUUUCUACAUUAAAUUCUUAAGCAGAAAAAUAAUAUAUAGAAUCAAAAAGAGAAUUAUAAGAUGUUAAGACAAAUAAUUAAUAAUUUAAGUCCUCCUUAGAAUAAGCAAUUGAUAAGAUAAAUGAAAAUAAUAAUUUAUAAUUACUAGAACUAAAAAAAUAACAGAUAAACAUCGAUUAAAGCUAAAGAAAAAUGAUAAAUUAAAUUUCCAAUUAAGAAAACAAAUUAUAGGUUGAAUCAAUGAAAAUAAAUGAAAUUAAAGAUGAUUUAACAAAAAUUUAGAUAAUAUUAAAAUAAGAAUAGUUCGAAGACAAGAUGAAUUUAAAGUAUGAAAUGUAAUAAGAAGAAAUCAAAAAUAUUAAAAUAAAAUAAUAAUAAGUUGACGAAAUAUCGAAUAGACUAAGUUCAAUCGAAAUAUAUUUACUAUAUUAUUAACAAUAUCAUGUAUAAAGGCAAAUAAAUGAUUCUCUUUUUAUUAGUUUACCAGUAAAAUUUUUUUAUAAAUAUGCAUCAUUUGAAAAGUAAAAAUUGGAUGAAUUUGAUAAAAGUAUUUUAAAGAUUAGUAAUGAUUUUAAUAUCUAAGAAUUGAUGAAUUAGCAAUAAGAAAUAGUAAUGAAUUCUUCUAAAAGAUUCAAAAAGGUUUAAGAAACUAUAAAAAAUAUUGAUAAUAAUGAUCAAGAUUCAUCUGUAGAAGAUAAUAAAAAAAUAUAACAUAUAGAAAUUUAAAGUGAAAAGCCUCCUAAAAGGAAAUAAUCAGCAAAUUUAGUUUACUUUGAAGAAUAGUUGCGUUAAUUAAGAGAAUACUUUGAUGUUUAAAUAGAUGAAAAAUGUAAUUAAAUUGAUUUUUUAAAAUUAAAGAUCAAAUAACUUAGUGAUGAACUCUAUUUAUCUUAAAUUUAAUUUUAAGCAAGCAUAGAAUAAAAUAUAUAAAAAUAAUCAUUAAAUUAGAAAUUAUCUAUCACUAACUUAUAAUAAACAUUAUAUGAAGUAUAAAAUGAAUUUCAAAAGAGUGAUUAUAGAAAAUUGAAUGAGGAAAUAAAUCUAUUGAAAAAAUUUUAAUAAAAUAUGAUAAGAUUAUCUUUAAAUUUGUUAUGCUUAUUAAAAUAAGAUGAAUGUGAUAAAGAAGGUCUAAAAUUAUUAGGUGCAAAAGAUAUAUAAAUCGAUAAUGCUCUCUCGAUUAAGAAUGUAGUUUAUUUAAUAAAUUUUUUAGAGUUAAAUAAACUUAGGAAAUAAAAAGAGUUCAAUAAUAUUAAAUUCUAAUUGCAUUUCAUGUUCAGGAUCACCAAUAUAAUUAUUUCAAUUUUUCAAAGUUGCCUGUUUAGGUUACAAUCCUUCUGAUGUUUAAGUAGAUGGUAGUUAUUUUAAAAGAACUGAAUUAAUUUAAUAAUGUUUAGAUAUGGUUUAAACCUUGGAGAAUAGAAAAAAGGAUUUAUGUCCUAUAUAAUAAAGAUAAAUUCGACAAUUUGAAAAACGGAGCAAUUCUAUUUAAGCAUCUCCUCGUUUUUUUUCAACUGAAAACCGAACUAAAUUAUCAAAAUUAAGUUAAAUGAAAAUAUUUUAAUGA